GUCGGCAGGUAUCGAGCUUACGAUCUUGUGGUGCCGUUCAAGAUAAUGGGUGACCACCUUUUCCAAUAUAAUGGACAAGACUCUGAAACCUCGUCGCACGACAUUGAAGUGGAGUUCAGGCUGAUUGAUGGACAUGACAACCCAAAGAUCAACGCGUUCUUCAUUGCUAAGGGAUCUCAGGAUGGUAGGUAG